AUGGGUUACAAACAAAAGAAAUACAAAAACGGAGAGGAGUACAAUGGAGAGUGGAAUAACAAUAAGAGACAUGGUAUGGGUGUCCAUCAAUGGCCCGACAAUCGAGUUUAUGAAGGACAAUUUAAAGAUGAUUUAAUGCAUGGUCACGGAAAAUAUCAAUGGCCUGAUAAUCGACUCUACGAAGGAUCAUUCGUUCAAGAUCACAUGACAGGUCGAGGAUAUUACUUUCAAGAUAAACGAGAUCCCUUACUCGAAGAAAUUAGUGGGGAAUUUUUGAAUGGAGUUUUACAUGGUCGAGGAGUUUGUUUUAAAAAGAUUAUCACCAAUAAUAUCACAACUGGAUUAAUCAUAACAGUAGGAUAUUGUUGGAAUCGAGGUACAUUACAUCACGGAUUUGAAAUUAUUGUCGAUACAAAUAAUAUGGUACAAUCCAUCAAACAAUUCAAAUCAAAUUGCAAGUAUUCGUUUGAUCCUAGAGGAGGAGGCAUUGAUUAUUUUCAAGAUGAUUCUGGUGGAACAGUUGGUGCAGAACAAACACUUCAUUCACCAAAUGCUGCAACCUCAUUGAGAUCAGCAUCAACCUCACAAGAUAAAUUGAAUGGAACGAACAUUUCAAAUUCAGUUCCUCUUCUCAAUUUAAUGAAUAUAAGUACGAGUAGUGCCACCACAGCAGAUUCCAUUUCACCUCGAUUCAAUACAUCGACGACGACAACAACCACAGCAACCACAUGUUCCAAUCAACAACCACAACCACAACAACAAGGAUCCAUCACACCUCGAACACGAUCUUCACCUCGAACGCCACGCAAUGGUAGCCAUCUCAUCAAACCUUCUGGAACGACUGAAAUUAAAAUUGAUCAAAUUGAAUUUAUUGAUGCCAGUGAACUCGCUCAAGCCAAAGCAGAACUUUUAGAAAAACAAUCCAAUUUGGUGCAAGCAUGGAAAGAAAAAUUGAACAAUGUUCAGGAAAAGAUCAAAGCACUCUCGAAACAAAAAGCAAAUUUAGAGUCCAAAUUGGCAGAGGCAAAGGAAGAACUCACUUUUUAUCACAAUAAGGAUAUUGAAACAGAACAACGACUCUCUCAAUACAUUACACAACAUAAGGAAUUAUUUGAGGAAUAUGAAAUUGCGACCAAUUCAAAAUUCAAACACUUGAAACUAUUAUCAGUGAAUUGA